AUGCCAGAAAACGUUCUCGACUUAUAUGAAAAAAUGAAUAUUAAAGCUAAUCCAGCUACUCUCACAGUUUUAUUUAGUGCUUGUUCUAAAGGUGCAAAUGAUCGUGCAAAAAAUAUUGGAAAAGAAUCUCUUCAGAAGAUGCCUAAUGAUUAUUACAAUAAUAAUAUUUUAUUAACAUCAGCAAUUAAUAUGUUAAUGAAAUUUAAUGAUAUUCAAAGUGCCGAAAAACUAUUUAAAAUGAUUAAAAACAAAGAUAUUAUUACAUAUGGUUCAAUGAUGAAAGGUUAUACGGAAAACAAGGAGUAUGAUAAAGUAUUAGAUUUAUUCGAACAAAUGCCAUUAAAACCUGAUCAUAUUAUUGGUGUUCUUGUUUUCAAUGCAUCUGCACAACUUUUGCAUGAUCGUGCUAAACAAAUUGGACGACAGUUACUUUACCAAGUACCUAAACAUUUUCAUAGUGAUACUGUUGUACUUACUUCAGUCAUAGAUAUGCUAAUGAAAUUUAAUGAUGUAACAACUGCGGAGCAUUACUUUAAAAUGAUUAAAAAAAAGGAUGUUGUUGCUUACAGUGUUUUAAUGAAUGGAUAUAAUAUUAAUAAUGAACCAUUGAAAUGUUUACAAUUACUAGAUGAAAUUAAACAACAUAAUUUGAUACCAGAUGAAGUCGUCUGGAUUAUAUUAAUAGGAGCAUGUGCACAACUGAGCAUACGCUCAAAAUGUCAGUUAAUUUUUGAUCAAAUUCCUUCACAUCUAAUUAAUAAGAAAUAUAUACAAAAUUCAUUAAUCCAUAUGUGGGGAAAAGCUGGUUCAGUCGAAAAUGCUCAAAAGAUCUUUCAACUAGUUGAUAAUCCUGAUGCUAUCACAUAUAGUGCAAUGAUUAAUGCCUAUGGACUUAAUCGCAUGGGUUUAGAAGCUAUUGAAUUAUAUCGAAAUAUACCUUGUCAUUUACGUGAUGAAGUAACAUAUAUAUGUGUAUUAAAUGCAUGUUCACAUUCUGCUCUUCUUGAUGAUGCAUAUUCAAUUUUCAAUGAAAUUCCUCAAAAAAAUGAACAAAUCAUAACUACUAUGAUUGAUUGUUUAAGUCGUCUUUAUUUAUUUGAUGAAGCACAAAAACUAAUCGAAGAUUAUGAAAAGUCGUAUCCACCUUCUUCAGCCAUGUACAUGGCAAUUUUAUCUGGAACACGUAAUUCUCGUCAACAUAUUUUAUCAAAACAAAUCUAUGAUAGAAUGAAAAUAUUAUUUCCAAAUCAAAAAGAUAGCCUAAUAUCUGGCUCUAUUCUUCUUUCGAAUAUAUAUUUAUCAUUAGGUGAUCAUCAAGAGGCCGAAAAUAUACGAUUAAAUCGAAUAGAACAAUUAGGAACAAAAGUUAAAUCAGGAACGUCAUGGACUGAAGUCAAUGGUGAUAUAGUUGAAUUCAAAGCUAACGAUCGUUCUCAUUCUCGAUCUAAAGAAAUUUAUGCUCAAUCUAAACAUAUCUCUGAUACAUUAAUUAAAUAUGAUCCUAGUUGGAAAAGUUGUCCGUUACGUAAAGAUGAAACUAUUGAAUCAGUUUUAUCUAGUCAUAGUGAACGGCUAGCAAUUGCUUAUCAUUUCAUUCAACAAAAAGAACCAUCAUUUAUUCAAAUUACAAAUAAUCUUCGUAUGUGUGGUGAUUGUCAUCGAGCCACAAAACUCAUUACUAAAAUUUGGCAAUGUGAAAUAAUUGUACGUGAUGCGAAUUGUAUACAUCACUUUUCACCUGAUGGAACAUGUUCGUGUCGAGAUCAUUUUUAA